AAACCGUCUACACCACAUCCACCACAUCCACCGACCUCGAGUCCGCUGCACCGCGUCCACGCUGCUUGCCAUCACCGCUGCCACCGUCGCCGCGCAAGAGCCGUCGCCAUGAAGUUCCGCAGGUCGAUGAAAGGAGAGAAAGACACCCGGCCGCACCACAUCUCCAUACCGCCAAAGGAUGCUAUAGCCAUCGUCCCGCCGAAGAAGGUCAUCAAAGCCCUCUACGACUACCAGGCACCCGAUCCCAACCCCAACUCCGGCUAUCUCAGCUUCUCACAAGGCGAUUUUCUCCACGUCGUAGGCCGGGAAAACGACUCGGACUGGUACGAGGCGUGUAACCCGUUGCACGGGACACGAGGUCUUGUGCCCGUCACAUAUUUUGAGCCUGUCGGCAAGACAGUGCGAGACAGUGGCAGCUCUACAAAGUCGAUGACUCCAGGCCUGCCUAGCGCCCCGCACGACUCCGGAUACGCAGAACGAGGCGUUGCUAGCCCCAACGGCAGCAACGGCAGCGACGACAUAUCGAAGAUGAGGCUGUCGAAAACCCUAGGUAAAGGCUCGGGCGCCAUGGUCUACGGCAUUGUCAUGUACGACUUCAAGGCAGAGCGGCCAGACGAGCUGGAGGCGAAAGAAGGGGAAGCCAUCAUAGUCAUCGCACAGUCAAACCCAGAAUGGUUCGUCGCAAAGCCCAUCACGCGACUUGGCGGUCCCGGUUUGAUCCCAGUGUCGUUCAUCGAGAUUCGAGACAUGACCACUGGACAGCCAGUAACAGACGCACAGGAAGCCGUCCAAAGGGCAGGCGUGCCAAAGGUUGAGGAAUGGAAAAAGAUGGCGGCUGAUUACAAGAACGGAAGCAUCCCACUAGGCAAGCUAGAGACAAACUCGCAGCAGACGCUCCAACAAGGCAUGGCGCGCAUGAGUCUAAGCAACAAGAGUCAAACGGGCCGUGACGCAAAUGGCGGCUUCUCUCAAGAGCAAUCGGCACCCUCUCAUUCGCGCAACCCCUCCCAGUACCAGAACCAGAACCAGCAACCACCCCAACGAGCAUCCGAUCCCUCCCUAUUGGCGCCCGUUAAAGCAUGCGUCCCUAAAUAUUGUUUUGCCGACGACAUAUUCUGGUUCAUCAUUGAGUGUCAGAUGUCAGAUGGCCGAUAUUGGGAGCUCCAGCGCCUAUACCAAGACUUUUAUGAUCUGCAGAUUCAGCUAAUCGCCACCUACCCCGUUGAGGCUGGUACCAGCGGCUCGGGCGAGCGAACCCUCCCUUUCAUGCCUGGUCCCGUCACCUACGUCACCGACAACAUCUCAAACGGCCGACGAGCCAAUUUGGACGAGUAUAUUAAGAAUCUGCUCAAGCUAGGACCUCACAUCACCCAGGGCAAUCUGGUAAAAAGCUUCUUCGCCCCAAGGCAAGGCGAUUACGAGAUAGAUCCAGAGGUCGGUGCAGCGGAAGAGUAUCGGCUGUCGCAAACAUCGGUACGAUCCUCUGACCCAUCACAAGGAGCCUCAAGGCAGUCGUCGGCCGAUCAACUGCAGGCCACGACUCCUCAGACUCCGUACUCCACAGGGUCUGGCUAUCCGAACCACCAACGGGGUCAAUCAAUCGCAAGCCAGUCAUAUGGAGGACCUAAUUUCCCCCAGCAGAUUCAGCACCAGAACACUGGCCUUUCUGCCACGUCAACCGGGCUAGGCUCUGCUUUGAAAAUUAAGGUAUGGUUCGAGGAAGACAAUUGUGUGGUUAUUCGCAUGCCGAUAUCGUUGAAAUUCAUCGACCUCUACCAGAAACUGAAGGAACGCAGGGCAUUAGAGAAGCCGGACGAGAAAAACAAGCAAGAGGAGCUCGUGGUCGAAUACAGGGAUGAGCUGGAAGGCCAAUUUUACCCCAUUGAAAACGACGAAGACCUUGCGAUCGCGGUGGAGAGAAAUCCGAAAUUAACUCUGUCCGUCACAACUGCAAGGUAAGUCAAUGCCACACUACAACAAAUGCCUUGCCCUACUAUGCCCUGCCUGUCAUGUCCGCUUUGAUGCCUGCAUCCUCCCAACGGAUAGCCUAGUCGCAACGAUAGGCUAGUGGUGGAUUACUGCAAGAGUUUAUGAUGAUGAUUGAUGAAGCGGUUAUGCACAUUGGGGGUUUCUCAUUUGGGGUGCGUCGUUUUCUUUUACUUGGUUAAGGGUUGAGUUGAGACUAGUUGACGAUAUUGUGGUGGCCACUCUCAAUUUAUCUAACUCAACUCUUUCUUCCUUUCGCUUUUACUUCAUUUCGGCGUUCGAAAAACGUGGAGGGGGGCGGGGGAAUGGAUGGGAGGCGUUCUGUGGGUGCAUCUCGGCGAAAGGCUCCUCUCUCUAUUCCCCAGGUUGUUUACUACUCGGAUUUUGACCCUACGGAAGGACGGCAUUGUCAUUGGGAAGAUUUGUGAUCCGAUUCGAGGCCUUGUGUGAUGGAAAGAUUUUCACGCA